AUGCGCUUCGGCGUCUUCUUUCCCUUCCUACUUGUGGCCAUGUUUAUCAUGAGCUGUAGUAGCUUCAUCGCCGCCAAUUCUUACAGCUUUGACAGCACACACACGAAUAGCGGCAAAAUCAGUUUUGCUACAACAGAAGGCGACGAGGAGAGAGAUGCUAAGACCGAAGGUGGUAAGCGCGUCGCAGCGUUGGGCAAAAGCUUUUUGGCGAGCGAUGAAAAACUUUCACAAGCGAUCACAAAAAUUGCUGAAGCAUCUAAAAAGAAUGAGGCCAUGUCAGUUGAAAAGAUUUUGGAGGUGGGUGGACUUAAAGACCCGAAGAAGGUAAUAAAACUCUUGAAAAAAAACAACGUGAACAUUGAAAAGGCACUUCAUGACCGCGACUUGGGCGAGAUUUUUAAACUGGUGCAAGUCAUAUCAGUAGGCAAAAAGAAGUCGCUCACCAAGAAAAUGUUUAUUGUACUGGCCAGUCUCUUUGGUGCUGGUGGCGUCCUAUACUGCUUGUAUAUUCUGUACAAUCGCAAUCAAGCGCCGCCGGGCCAAUCUACCGCUACGGUUGGAAAUACGGCCUCGUCGGAAGACUCGAAGGGGUCGGAUGCAGCGGAGUUCGAGAAGUAUUUGGAUCUUGAGGGGUCCGGGGAUUCAACGGACUUUGUAACAUUGGCUAGAGGAAUAGAUUCUUCAAUGGAGUCUCCAGAACCGGUGGAUACAGUGGACUCUGCAGUGUAUGAGUCCUCGGACUCUUCUUUAGCAACGGAGGGUGCAGUGGGCUCUUCAGCAUUGUUGAGGCUUCAGGAUUCUGCAACGUCGUCGGGGUCAUCGGAUUUUUCAGCGGUAUUGGGAGGGCAGAAUAUGCUCAACCCGAAGUAUAUGAAGGCAACGGGUCUUACGAAGCUUUCCUCAAUGGUGGAAACGGAUUCUUCAACGUUUUCGGAACCAUUGGAGUCUUCAACGUUGCGAACGUCAUUGUAG